AUGAAACAAUUCAAAAAAGAACAAUUGAAACCAAAAACGAAGAAAUCACUUGAUCACAAGAACAAAAAAGUGGAUGUGGAUAUGGCUUUUAUAAGACAAAUACAACGUUUAUUGAAGAUUGUGAUGCCUGGUUUACGUUCAAAAGAAUUUGGCAUGUUGGUAGUUCAUUCUGGUUUUCUUGUUUUUAGAACUAUUUUAUCAGUUUAUAUAGCAUCUUUAGAUGGUCGGAUUGUUAGUGCAUUGGUUCAAGGAAAAGUGAAGGAUUUUAUUCUUGGAAUUAUUUGGUGGAUGACAGUGGCAAUUCCUGCAACAUAUACAAAUAGCAUGUUAACUUAUAUGCAAAGUAAAUUGGCUAUUCAAUUUCGUACAAGAUUAACAACUCAUAUACAUCAACAAUAUCUUACUGAUAUGACAUUUUAUACUUUGGGGAAUUUGGAUGAUCGUAUUAAGAAUGCUGAUCAAUGUAUCACUGUUGACACAAUGAAAUUCAGUAAUUCAUUAUCAGAACUCUACUCAAAUUUGGCUAAACCUAUCUUGGAUGUCUUCAUUUACAACUAUCAACUUAGUCGAAAUGUGGGUUUCGAAGGUGUUUUUGCUGCGAGUUUCAUUAUUCGUCUCUCUUCUAUGGUCAUGCGCAAGUAUACUCCUUCCUUUGGUAAAAUGGUGGCUGAAGAACAACGUUUGGAAGGUGAAUUCCGUUUCCGUCAUUCACGUAUCAUUGAAAAUUCAGAAGAAAUAGCUCUAUUUGAAGGUCAACAUAUUGAAAAAACAAUUCUCGAUAAAAGUUACUAUGCUUUGAUUCGUCAUGUCAACAAAAUCUUCCGUAUUCGUGUACCUCAUGGCAUGUUGGAGGACUUUGUUAUCAAAUACUUUUGGGGUGCUUGUGGUCUUUUACUCUGUUCGGUUCCCGUGUUUUUCAAGAUUGAAGGUAUGGAUAUGGGCUCUGUUGGAUCAAGAACUGAAGGAUUUGUUACCAAUCGUCGUUUAUUGAUGAGUUCAUCUGAUGCUGUUGGUCGUAUCAUGUAUGCUUAUAAAGAAAUUACAGAACUGGCAGGCUAUACUAGUCGGGUCGUUGACUUACUUGAUGUCUUUGAAGAUGUGAAAGCUGGUCGAUAUCAAAAACGUCUAGUAUCUUCAGUAUCUACCGAAUCCAAUGCUAAAACUCUUCAAGGUCGUGGUCUAGUGAAAGAAAGUGAAAACAUUGAAUUUAUUGAUGUACCAAUUGUUAGUCCCAAUGGUGAUGUAUUAGUACCAAAGUUAUCUUUCCAUGUCAAACCUGGAAUGCAUUUACUUAUUGUUGGUCCUAAUGGAUGUGGUAAAUCAAGUCUUUUCCGUAUUCUUGGUGGUCUUUGGCCAGUGUAUGGCGGAUCUGUAAACAAACCUAGUCAUCGUGAUAUUUUUUAUAUUCCACAACGUCCAUAUUUAUCUCUUGGUACUUUACGUGAUCAAGUUCUAUACCCUGAUACAAUUGAAGAUAUGCAAGAACGUGGUAUUACUGACAAUGAUUUGCUAGAAAUUCUUCAUGUGGUUCAAAUUGGACAUAUUGUAGAACGUGAAGGUGGCUGGGAUGCUGAAAAAGAAUGGACUCUUGCUCUAUCUGGUGGUGACAAACAACGAAUUGCAAUGGCUCGUCUAUUCUAUCACUCUCCAAGAUAUGCUAUUUUAGAUGAAUGUACAAGUGCAGUCAGUAUGGAUAUUGAAAAGAUCAUGUAUACGCAUGCUACAGCUCUUGGAAUCUCUCUUUUGACUGUAUCUCAUCGACCUUCUCUAUGGAAAUAUCAUAAUUAUAUCCUUCAAUAUGAUGGUCAAGGUGGUUAUGUUUUUACGAAAUUGGAUGCUCAAAAGCGAUUGAAAUUACAAGAAGAAAAGACUGCAAUUGAAGCUAAACUUUUGGAUAUUCCUAAAUUGGAAGCAAGAUUACAAGAAUUGAAGGAAAUUCAACAAGGAGCAUAA